UAUGGGAUGCUUAUUAGGUAAUGUUUCAAUUAAUUUAAGAUCUUUUUGGUCUUAAGGAAAAAGAAAAACCUAAAGAAAACUAAAAAUUAACCCUUUCAACCUAGUCAUAUUAAAAAAAUAUCGAAGAGGAAUCUAAGAAGAUUCGCAAACAAAGAAUACAAAGAAUUAAAAAACGAAAGAUAAAGAGAAAAUUUAUCAUUCUAUAAAAAAAUAAGGACUGCUGGACUGAAGAUUACAAGAAAUUUAAUUACGAUCUUAUUCAAAAUAUAAAAGGUAAAUAUAAUAAUCUUCUAUUAUUCAAAAAUAUCUAGUUUUAUUAUAAUAAAAUAAUUAGAAAAACGAAAGAUUCAUUAAAUCAAGACAUUAAUAUAUAUAAAAUAGAGGGAUUUAUUUAUUUAACUGAAUAUGAUAAAAAUUGGAAUCCAAAGUUUUAAUUAUAAAAAGGGCUGUUCUUAAUAAAUUUGAAAUAAAGAAAAUUUUUAUUAAAUGGAUAAAGUGAAGAAUAUUAAGGAAAGUCAACAUUUAUAAAAUAUAUUGGAAACUUUAAAAAUGGAGAAUAUAUAUCUGAAUCAAAUAAUAAAAUUAACAUUGAGAAUGAUAAUUAGUAGACCAAAAGAAAUAACUAAAAAAUUAUUAUUACAGAUAUGACAACAGGAAUAUAGUAUAAUACUGAGCAUCACAAUAGAAAAUAAUAAGUUUAACUCUAAAAUUUUUGGUGUAAGUAUAAUUAAUUAAUAUCAAAUAAUGAUCUGAAUUUAUUAAAAAAUUAAAGAUGGAUAAAUAGUAGUAUUAUUGAUAGUUAUGUUCUUAAACUUAAUUUAGAAAGUGAAAACUAAUAUUUUGAUCUUAAAUUUUAAGAAAGAUAGAAGAUUAAACGUAUAUUAUUUUUACCAACCAGUUUAACCACAAACCUUGGCGAAAACUUUGAUAAACAAAAAGCAACUUAUUUAUUAGAAUAAGAAUUACUUGAAUAUUCAUAAAUGGAUUUAGAAAUAACAAGAAUUUAUUAGAAAUUUGGAUUUCCAAUUAACAAAAAUUUUCAUUGGUAUUUUCUAUUAUUUGAUGCUGAAGCUGAAUUAGUUUAGAUCUUUGAUUCUACAUUAUAUUCAAAUGAUUUUUUUACACAUAAUUAAUAUUUAAUAAAUAUUUUGGCAGAUGUCCUUAAGAUAAAUAUUAAAUUAAAAUAAAUUCACAAAGAAUCAGGUUAAUAAAUUAAUAGUUAUUCAUGUGGAUAUCAUGUAUGUAAUUUUAUGAAGUUUUGUUAAGAAUAAUAAUUUACAAAUAAUUAAUAAUAUUAUUAAUAUGAUGAAAAAAAUAUAAUCUAAAUAUUAGAAAAGAUAAUAGAUAAAGAUUGA